AAAAAUAAAUGAAGGAUCAGAUGGCUUUUAACGAAGGAUCGGUGGGACUGUGAGAGAAAGGAGAUAACUUUUUUUAUCCUCUUUACUCUCUCCCUCUUCUCCCCUUUCUCUCCACAUUUGGUUGAGGAGUCUUAAGGGGAAGCAAGGGGUUCGAAAUCUACCGCCGCAGGUGAUCGGGUGGACGUUUUAGAUGGUCUAAUAAGCUAAUAGCUGAUGGAUCAUCGAUUGAGUUAUUGAUUUUACUGAACUUUCCAACCUUUCGUAUUCUGAAUCGGGGGAGUAUGCAGGAGCUAGGGUUUUCCGGGACUUAGGGGUUCCGCAGAUCUUUUUUUUUUUAAUCGGGUUUUUCUCCGCCACCAAUUGUGUUUUUAAAGUUUCUUAUAAAAUUGGGUCAUCUGCGGUUUUUUGUGGUAGUGGUCCCUAAUUCUUCUUCUUCUUCAAAGGAAGACAACUAAGGGAAAGUUAGGAAGUAGAAAAAUGAGCUUUGUGUGCUUUUUCUCCGUUCUUAUUGGAUUUAGAGAAAUUCUUUUUAGGUUAUGUUCACCGAUGUUCUUCCUCUGAGGAUAACAUUUGCUUGUCGCGUCUAUUCGUCGUUGGCCAUAUUUUCGCCUUAUAUUUUUUAUUAGGUUAAGGAGCUUGUUGAAUUUUCGUUAAUCAGUACUAAAGACAGGGCUUUUGGGAAUGGCCUUAGCCUUUACCAGUCUUUCUUAUUGGCUGCGUGGGACAAGAAACCAUGAAAGCUGCAACUCAGCUUUGCAUUCCUCUACUGAUCUACCACCUGUGUUCAGGGAGCCCGAUUCUGUGAAGUUUUUGUCUAUGAAUGGGCCUAGAAUGGGGUCAUCCCCAAGAAGAGUUAAGAGGAAGUGGCAAAGCAGGGAGGAAAGGAGGCUAAGGAUCGACAGAGAUUAUGAUAUGGUAAUUGUACCCUCAGAUGGAGGUUGCUUGUCAGGAUCCGAGUCUGAUGAUUCUGACUGGUCGAUUGGGUGGAUGGAACCCCAUGCUUCUGAUUUCCUGAGUAAUAACAGUGAUAACGAAAACAGCUUUGCUGUUCUUGUUCCCUGCUAUAGCCGUGGCCAGUUUGAGAAGACUGUUAAUCUCAAGAAUUAUGUCUUGGGCGGUGACCAGACUGCCAUUCAGCAAAAUGGGCUUUCUUCUGAGGAUGAUGGCUACAUUGAAAGGUGGCUUUCUACUCUUCAAAACAUGUGAUGUACUCGGUCAGUGCUUAGCCUUUAAAUUGUUCUCCUAUUGUUUGUUACUAUGCCAUUCUGCCUGGAUAGAAAAGUAAAGGGAAAAUCGAUACGUUAGAAUAUAUGGGAAGAAAAGAUUGGAGAUAAAUGGUAUUGCUUGAUGACUGAACUUCUGUAAUUAUCUGGCGAUGUAAAUCAAAGUAUUUGCUGCAAGUCACUGAACACAUGCGUGUAGAAAGUAGCGAACUCUGAUCUCAUAUUAGUUUAUGUGGCUCGUUUUGCUUAGUAAUCGUAAUGAAAUUAUUGAAAGAAUCCAUGUCUUUCUGUAAUUA